AUGCCUCCCAGAAAGCGCAAAGCUACUCCAGAGGAUUCCGACUAUGAGUCUCCUCCAAAAAACAAGACUAGCCGAGGAAUUUCCUCCUCACAAGCGAAGAGGCGCCCCCCAGCACAAAGCAUCAAGGAGAUAUCGACUUAUGUCGCUAAGACUAUGACCCCAGAAUACACAGUAGUUCAGUCGAAGUCUUGCCAGAAUAUUCAAGACUACGACGUUGCCGAACGCUGUGUCACUUGUAUCGAGAAGCAGAGUGUCUUGGGGACCUGUCGCUUUGUCGGUUUGAGAGCAUUUAAAAAAGAUGAUCAGGGCCAAGUUGAUACCACGGAUUAUGCAUUCGGAUUCGUGGAGGUAGUACCAAAGCCAAAGAAGCCGGUCAAAGUAAAAGCCACGCCUAAAAGGAAGAAGAAACCCAUGAAGCCAGAGAUUAUCACUACCAGGAGAACUACAAGAAGUGCUGCUGGAGAUAGCACAGCCCGGGUUGCAUCAGGCGUGAGCGAAGUUGGGAAUGCUCAGAUCAAUUCUCAUUCAGAUGAGCAGCAAGCAGAUGCAAGCGAUACCUUGGCGGCUGCGUCCGAUCAGAUGGAUUCUCCAAUCGUCAGGCACACCCUAACCUCGGAUCAAAUGAAAAAAGAGGCCGAUUAUGUUCUUCCCUUGAUCGCAUCUGUGUUUGCUGAACAUCUCCGCCGUGAGAAGCAUCAUGAACUUACCCACCUCGGGCUACCGACAGAGGGAAAACCAUUACCCGGGGGUGCGCGGCCCUUGUUCCGCGUUCCAUCUUCUCCAGAUACCCGAAGUCUCUGUGACGCAUGCUCAACAAGUAUUUAUAUGGGUAGCUAUCUGUGCGGCUGCUGCGGGAAAGAGAUGUGUCUUGGGUGCUGGGAAGAAUGGGUGCCUUCUGAUAUCGCUCAGGGUAAUCGUAUCCGUCGCAUUGACACUUGUUCUCGCCGCCGCCGCCAUAUUCGGGAUAGUAUGCUUUUCAUGACUCGGGCAGCGGAGGGCGAGGUUGUAGAGCUUCUCGAGAGAGUUGAAGCUCGUGUUCCAUCUGAGGAGACGCAAAAGCAGGAGCAGGAUAAUGCAGAUACUGAAACAGAUUCCAUCCCUACCAGUCUGUCUACCUGGCCUAAUGACAAGCUUAAAUAUCUUGCUACCCCAAAGACACACCACAAAGAUAUAACGCUGCAACAAUUCAGGUCAUUGUGGCGCCGUGGUGGUAUUCCCCUCGUCUUGACUGGCUUUCUUGACCGCUUCAAGCUCCCCUGGGAUCCCAAAUACUUCACCCACCACUAUGGAUCUGUGCCCUGCAAUAUCCACGACUGUGAAUACAACCAGGCCAAGGAAACGAACGUCGAGAAGUUUUUCAAGGGUUUUGCCAGCUCUGAUAUCUUACAUUCAUAUAAGCUAAAAGACUGGCCUCCUUCUGCGAACUUCUCCGAAACCUUCCCAGAGCUCUUCAAAGACUUUGAAAACGCCAUACCAUUCCCCUCCUACAUCUCCCGCACCGGCAGCCUCAACCUCGCCGCCCAUUUCCCACCACAAUACAUUGCGCCCGACCUCGGACCUAAAAUGUAUAACGCCUUCCCCGCACCCGACUUCCUCCCCAAGCCCGCCGGCGAAACCAAGCUGAAGCACCGCCCCGUCAAGGGCACCACAAACCUGCACCUCGACCUCACCGACGCCGUCAACAUCAUGCUCUUCUCCGCCGGCGGCGAGAAAGCGCCCGCCGCCGCAACCACGCCCAAGGACAUCCCCUUCUGCGGCGCAAUCUGGGACAUCUUCCCGCCCUCGGCCUCCACCCACCUCCGCGAGUACCUCAACAGCGAGGAAUACCUCGAGGCCCACGCCCACGAGGGCGCAAUGGAGCUCGACGACCCGAUCCAUAGGCAGAUGUACUACCUCACCGAGGACGACAUGAUCAAGCUCUACGAGGAAAACGGUGUCAUGGCUCACCGCAUCUACCAGGAGCCCGGCGAUGCAGUCUUUAUCCCCGCCGGCUGCGCGCACCAGGUCCGGAACCGGAGGAGCUGUGUUAAGGUUGCGGUCGACUUCCUGACGCCUGAGAACGUGAAGGUGUGCAAGGGCCUCGUCGCGGAGGCUAGAGUUAUGGGGAACCCGUUCCUGGGUAGGGCCGCCGGAGGAGGGAAGGAGGAUGUGUUGCAGCUGUGGUCGUGCUUGGGGUUCGCGUGGGAUGCGUUUGAUGGGCCGAGGAAGGGGGCUGGCAAAGACGGGAGUGUCGCGAAGAAGGAGGAGGCGGAAGAGGAGGGGGAGGGGUCAGAAAUCAAGGCGGAGGAUCAGAUGGAGGAAAGCGGGAAUAGGAAUGGAAAUGCGGAGCACGCGGCCCGUAUCGAGGUCGAAACCACUUCUGCCGUCUAG